CCUUACUCCCAGCAAAUGGGCGAUAGAAAACCGAUCGGUGCCUGUACCAUUCCCACUAUGCGAUGGCCUGACGUAGGGGCAGAAUGAGUACGAGCAUUUUUUUUUUAUUGCCGAUGCCCACGAUGCCGCCCCUGGCAACCGCCCGUCGCCCGUAUCAAAAACCGCUACUGGUUGUAGGUACUAACUAAGGUACCUUCCUAAUGCCACUUCGCUGCAACAGAAAAUCUUUGCCUAAUGAUUUGUUUCUCCGUGAAGUUGGUUUAUGUGAAUAUCAUUUUAACUCUAUCAAGAUCAGUGGAUGGAAGUUAUUGCGACUCCAUGAGCAGUCUGCUGCUCCCGAUGGUGGUGCUUCAGUGCACAUAUGUAGUAGAAGCUCUUCAGGUGAUUGGUGGAAAUGUGAAAGUGGUUCAAGGAGGUACUGCUAUCCUGCCGUGCCAUGUCACUGGUACCAAUGAUGACCUGACACAGAUUACCUGGCAGAGGAGGACAAGAGAAAAACCUCACAAUGACAAUUUCCUAACUAUCCUACCCAGAGAGGGAGUGCAGUUUGUCAAUGGAGGUGAUGAUCGAUUUAAAUAUAUCGGGAAUUUUAACAACAAAAAUGGAACUCUCCAGUUAUCCAAUGUUGCCCUGAAGGAUGAAGGCAGAUACACGUGCAUCUUCACCUUGUUUCCCAGUGGAAAUCAGAAGACUGAGAUACUUCUAAUAGUGAUUGUGCCUCCUUUCACAAACAUCAAGGACAAUCUUCCCACUUUGGGCACAGAAGAGGUUUUAUUUGCUACCUGCACGGCUGCUGGAUCGAAGCCUCCUGCAGAGGUGAGGUGGCUCACUGAUGCUUUGGGAGAGAAAGUGAGGACGACAACAAACUCCACACAGUAUGACAACGAUACAACUACCACAGUCAGCUCUCUGUUUGGUGUUCCUACGAGUGAGAUUAACGGUCACCAGGUCCAGUGUGUCAUCAGCAGUGACGCCAUGUCUAAAGAAGAAACCCUGCCCUUCAGCAUACAGAUCUACUUCCCUCCCACAGAAGUGAACAUUAGAGCAAUUUCUGAGAACUCAUUUGAGUGUGUGACAGAAGCCAACCCAAGCGCAAACUUUACCUGGAGCAGAUAUUCCUCCUUAGCUGUAGUUAAAAAUACAUUAACAUGGAAAGUUAUGCUAUGACGAGGCAUCUGCCAUGUGUUUGUCCUUCCACAAUUCACAACAGUCUCUACUCCUAGAAUAUUGCUCAUAUUUUAGUGAAAUAUUCACAAAAUUAUCACAUAAUGGGUCUUCACUCAAACUGGGGUCAAGGUCAUAACUCUCAUUUUAUGGGCACUUUUCUAUGUUCACAAGAAUUACUCAUCAAAUUUUAGUGAAAUUAGAUAAAUGUGACCUGGAUAUGACAGUUUGGGAGUUUUCUUGACUUGAGUGGAUGUGAAUUCUCAUUGGUGUGUGCAAUACAGCCAACCAGUGUCAAUUUAACUUAUAACUUUGUGAACAUAUCACGGCACUGGCUCCAUCUGUCUGAAAGCCCCCACCAUCAUUCCCAUCCCCCAAAGGACUGGAAUAGACAGCCUCAGUGACUGCAGAAUCAUACUCCUCAUGUCUUGUGGUCAUGAAGUGUUUCUUGUGGAUAGUGUCUCAGCACAUCACAAACAUCACAAACCUCCUUCCUCCCUGUCUCCACCACCAAAUUACAGUUUACAGCACAAAUUUACCAUCACCCUUCACAGAACGCGAAGCCAUCUAGAGAACAGGAAGAGCUAUGUGAGUAUGCUCUAGCGUUCAACACCAUAAUCUCAUCAUCACCUUCAGAUGCCCCUCCCAACUGGUCCUGGAUCAUAGGUUCCAUCACCACCUGGCCCCAAUCAGUCAGACAGCCCCCAUCCAAGUUUGUCUCCAACUUCAGGUUUCUGGGCACCCACAUCUCUGCCAACCUGGACCCACAACAGCAUUGCCCUGGUAAAGAAGGUCAAGCAGUAGCUGCACUUGUUCCAUAUCCUGAGGAAGAAUAACUUUCAACCAGUAGCUAAAGCUGGUCUUCUAUUUCUCCUCAGUGGAGAGCGUGCUCUCCUAGUGGCUGGGUGGUAGGCUGCACAAGGGGGAAUUAACACUACCUGAAAAAUCAUUGGCUGCCCUCUGCCACCCAUGGAGGCCUUUGCCAGAUCCUCCUGUCUCAGGAGAACAAAGUCCAUCACAGGCGCUCUGGACGGCGCCUCAGGUUAAUCAGGUUCCAAACAUCCAGACUCACAAACAGCUUCUUCCCCAGGGCUAUUUAGACUGUAAACAAACACUAUCCCCCACAUAGUAUGUGCCUUUGUAUUGUAUACCUCUUUUUUGUAUAUAUUCUCUCUUAUCUGUUGAUUAUUCCUGCUGAAUUACUAUUUAUAUUUGGCCUGGUGCAACCACAAUUUAUAUACAUAUGUACACUGACAAUAAACAGCUUUUCUAUUCUAUUGAGGGAUUAUGGAUGGACGUUCAGCUCAAGUAGAUGCUAUAAUAAGUCAUGGUUGGUUCUUCAGAUAACAAUCAACAAAACAAACAUUUAAGGUAUUUAUUUAAGCUGUUUAGUUUUUAGCAGUUACUGUGAGCAGUUUCACAUUUUACUGUAUUCCCUAUGGCAAAAACUGUCAUUACUGCAGGCUGUCAGAGUCAUUACUGGCUCUGACAGUAAUGCUUGCUGUAAUGUUUUUUAGCUUCACUGAACAGAUUUAGUCAAGCUUGAAACACCCCUGAGGUUUUACUCUAGUUGUUUUUGCCUUUUUACUUCAAGUGCAUUUUGUUCAGGAGUUUCCCUAUCGUGAUUUUAAGACCAAAAUUCAUGAUUCAUUUCUCAUUUGUAAAUGGCCUGUAUUUGUAUAGCA